CAAAGAACCGACUCCAAAUUCCUAUAACAGGGGCCUGCCUCCAUUCUCUGCAGGUUGUUGCUUCACCUCAAAUGGCCUUCCCUGCCCAAUCCAACAGGGCACAACAUCUACCCUAUCAAGUGCAACAGGAUUCCCAGCGGAAUUGAUUUCCGGUUCACAGUCACAUUUAUGCCCUCACCCUUCCUGUUUGUGGAGGGAGGCAACAGGAAGUUCCGCCCAACAGCGUCCUGCCAAUCAGUGGCUUACACAUAUCGCAGUUUCCCGCCUCAGGCUACGUGUUGGGAACAGGACACAGGAAAGCCCUCAGGGGCUCACUGCUUCCUUUGCCUGUGAGGGGGUCCUGAAUAGAGGUUUUGGUCAGGAAGAGAAGGAGGAGGUGCCACCGCGAGCAGCUGCUGUGUCGGCAGUGCUGGAGCAGGGGAGAGAACGCUUGGAGGCAGAAAAUAUGCAGCCUGCAAGACUUCAGGAAGGUGAUUUGGCAAGAACCCAGGGAGAAGCUGCAAGUGCUGAUGCUAAUGAUGGCUUCACUGCUGAGUCUGCCUUCUUUGUUACGGAUGUGUCUGAACGCAUCCUUCUGAGUGCUGGGCAACAUGUCACUCCUGUUGUGGAAGACGAAACAUCUCAGGUGGAUGCUGACAACCGUAAUAUCCAUGGCAACAGACCUUCAGGAUCAUAUAGGAAAGUUACACUUGGGUGUCUUAACUCUCUAAUGGAUCAUGCUGGCCGCUUUAAUCACACAUGCUUCUUCAGUGUAGAUAUUAUUUCUACAGAUUUUGAUCCUUAUCCACAUGACUGUGUAGAAGUUACCUUUUUCAUCCAGCCAGACAUGCAAAGAAGGAAGGUCCUGUCAGUGAAGCCUCGGAGACACAAGCGUCUGUGUGAGGUGUGCAUUACUAGUGUAAAUGGAAGAAAUGGGGUGAUAGGUAAUUCUACCGUCUUCAUCUUGGAUUGUGUGAAACUUCCUGAUGGAUAUGUGCCUCGAAUCCAUGAUGUUGUCAAUGCCGUCGUAGUGGAGACCGUUUAUUUAGGCUAUGUUUGGAGGGCAGUUUCCAUCAUCCCUGUGGCACCAAUGUAAAAGCACAACCUGUUUAUUCUCUGUGCAUUCUUUCUUCUUUGGGUAGUUCAGGACCCAGUGCAAAUAUUUUUUGGAAAAUUAAAUUGGUAAACCUCAUUAGGUAUUUCUUAGAUAGGUUUUCAAGUUUUUAAUGCAUUGAGUAAAUUAAAUGUAUGUUCUUCAGGAUGUUCAUAAUUUUUCAUGCUUAAUUAAAGGAAUUGUUCUCUGCAUCCUGUGUAAUG